UACUUAGUGCUUUGAUUGUAGCUCUCAGUUGUUCAAUACACAUUCAGCUGAGCAUGGCACUCCUGCGUAUGAGGAUUAUCACUUUAUUGGUGACUGUUAACCUUUGUGGGAAAGCAUGUAUGGGAGAAACUGCAGAUUCACAUAAGAUCACUGAAGUUACCGCUGUAAUUGCCGGAGAAGCUAUUACCUUGAAAUGUUUCUACCCAGAGAAAAACAAAAAUGAUAUCCUAUAUUGGUAUAAACAAAUGGCUGGUCGUAAACCCUCUCCUGUGGCAAUGUGGCAAAAUCAUGCUGAUCCAAAAUAUUACGAUGAGUUUAAAGAUUCACGUUUUAACAUAACAAAUGAGAACUUAGGUCUUCAUUUGAUCAUAUCCAACACAAAAACAUCUGAUGAAGCCCCGUAUCUCUGUGGAGUGAACGAUGGGUUUGAGUUGCGUUUUGUAAGUGGGAUAUUUCUGGCAGUUCAAGGAAACCAACAGGGCUCCAAUUCAACAAAAAUUAUUCAAUUCCCCGUACUGAAAAUGCUUCACCAAGGAGACUCAGUGGUAAUUAACUGCACGAUACUCAGUGAGAUGAAAGGAGAGGAUUUCAGAGUGUUCUGGUUCAAAGCAGCUGAAGAUGAUUUCCAUCCAGGAGUCAUUUACACCGACAUGAACAGGAGCAGUCACUGUGAAAAGGGCUGUAGCUACAGACUAGCCAGAACUAACCUCAGCCUCACAGACACUGGAACAUACUACUGUGCUGUUUCUGCAUUCGGCAAAAUACUGUUUGGAAACGGAACAGUGCUAAACAUAAGGGAGCCAGUGAAUACCCUGGUGUAUAGUCUGAGUGUUGCAGUGGGACUGUCUGCAAUUCUAAUUGGCAUACUACUCUAUAUCAACUGUAAGAAAACUAAAGGAUCUCCCUCUGAUCCUUGUGCAGACCAGGAUAUGAAUGUGGACAUGAUGAAUUAUGCAGCGCUGAAUUUCUCUGACACAAGAACUAUAAGAGGGAGGAAGAAGAGAGAGCUGCAACAGGACACUGUGUACACUGGAGUGAAUUAUUCUGCCAGAAAUACCUACAGUACAAGUGAUUAGGCAGCAACACCAUCAGACCAAAACCCACUGAGUGCAAAGUAAGUUUGACUAAUUGGGUGAAGACAUUUGGAAUCUAAGUGGCCAACUGCAUUCUCCAUUCAUCUGUCAGAGGGUGCGCUCCUCCAAAGAACAUUGUCUGCCACACCCACAACUCCUUCAAGAAUACCUCCUCUGCUAGCGCUUCUGACAAACUCAGGCACCUAAUCCACUCUCUCUCUUUUCUAUCUCCUCUUCUACCACUUCUUCUCCAUACUUCGACUAGUACUCUAGUAGUAGUAUUGACAGAUACAGCAAUAACUCCUCGCUAAAUUCUCCUCUGUACUGUAAUACUGUACGUUAAUGCACUCUAUUUCUGUAGAGUAGGUCUGUAGCUUAAAUCUAAAAAUGCUUACAUGUCUAGAGCUGGAAAACUGUCAUCAUGCUAACCGUUGAAGUCUUCUGCAAGUUUGCUUAUAGACAUCUUCUAAAAAGUUAAAGAAAUGAAUUAAAUAAAAGAACUUGGCUGAAGUCGAUUCUCCGAUUCUCACAGAUAUGUCUCUACAAACCAUGCAGACCAAAAUCCCCCGUUCAGAAUGUCUCCUAUUCAUUACUCUUUUUGUUUUCUGACAAAUUGUAGGGCUUGGUAUAUAAUGACUAUUUUGCAAUCUUAAUCUGUCUUUAGACAUGUUUAGUACUUAGGAGCAAGUACUAAACAUGCAUGGCCCAAUCCCAAUGUCCGGACUCAGGGACUCACAGACUUUGGUGUGCGUUCUCGCGAAAUUCAUAAGGGCUUAGGGCUGUCCAAAUGUCGAAUUAGCCCUUUUCACGUGAUGUCAGACGAAGCGUUGCUGGGUAUCCUCCGGCAUGUC